AUGGCCAUCGAAGCGUGCCUAAUUACGGACACUCUCAAGGAGUUGGCCGAUGCCAAUUUUGACAUUGCCGUCAGCCGCGCCCCUGCGAGAGCCCAGUCAGUCACUCGCCCCAACUCCCAGUUGCUGAGCACGUAUGUUGGGGUCGGCGUCAACACCUAUCCCGAGUUCGCCAUUGCGUCUUAUGGACACUCUGGCAACCCGCCCGCUAACGAUGGCCUCAACGACAACAAGUACUGGCCCAGUGCCAUUGCUGCUGCCGACCCGGGCUUCGCCCUGUUGACGUACGAUGCCUACUACGACACCCACUCCAUGCCGGAUAAGUACGAUCAGGCAUCCGAUUUUAAGAUUAGAGUGUCAGCAGGUAGCAUAUUAUGA